UUGGCGUGUGCCCUCCACACUCUCAUCAUCCAUUUCUCUCUUUGCGUGUGACCACCACACUCCUUUUUCCAACUUUCUCUCAAAUUUCUCAUUUCAUCCAUGGCUUCCACUCAACCCACCACCCACCACCACCACCACCACCAAUCCCUCAAAGAACUCAAACCCACAAAUCCACCCAAAGAUAUUGAAUCACAACCCAAUCCAAAGAAAGAAGAAGAACAACAAGAAGAAGAAAGUAUUGGGUUGGUGGUGGAUUACUCCAAAAGGGCCCAAGUUCUUAGAGCUGCUGUUUUAGGUGCCAAUGAUGGUUUGCUCUCCACAGCCUCCCUCAUGAUGGGUGUCGGGGCGGUCCGCAAAGACGCCAAGAUCAUGAUCUUGACCGGCUUCGCGGGCCUUGUCGCCGGUGCCUGUAGCAUGGCAAUUGGUGAGUUUGUAUCUGUCUACUCACAAUAUGAUAUUGAGGUUUCUCAGAUGAAGAGGGAAGGGAAUGAGACGGAGACCAGAAAGGAGAAGCUUCCGAACCCGUUUAAGGCAGCGUUGGCGUCGGCGAUUUCGUUUGUGGUAGGGGCUUUGGUGCCUUUGUUAGGUGCUUGUUUUGUGAAGGAUUACAAGGUGAGGUUGGGGGUGGUUGUAGGGGUUGUGAGCCUUGCUUUGUUAGGGUUUGGAGCACUUGGUGCAGUUUUGGGGAAAGCACCUCCUGUAAAGUCUUCAUUAAGGGUUUUGUUUGGAGGAUGGUUGGCUAUGGGAAUCACUUUUGGUUUGACAAAAGCAAUUGGUUCUGCUUCUGUUGAACUAUAAAUUUUGCAAUUUUAUUAUUUAUGUCAAAAUCAUUUUGUAGGUUGUAUACUUUUAUGUUAAAUUAGUAUAUGUGUAUGGCUUUUAUAUAUUGUGUUAAUUUUCUUUUUGAUAUAAUUGAUAUUCCAUGUUUUCGUUGAUGUUGUUUCAAA